AGACCACCAUUGCAAAAAUCUCAAAGUCUUCACAGCCCAAGCAGAAAGAGAGAGCCACUUCCGCAGCCGCUCUUCUUUUCCUCCGACACUCGCUGUUAGAUUUGUCCGGCUCUGCUCUUGAUUUUCCGUCCCUCCAGACAGAUCUGGGAAUUUAGGGUUUGUUAGAAUUGGGAGGAUGCAGAAGUAGAUGGACAGAGCUAAUAAUAUGAAUAGAUCAAAGAGGAAUUUCGACGGAAACGAUGACGACCAACCCGAGCGAAAGCGGCCUGCUCUUGCUAGUGUAAUUGUAGAGGCUCUGAAAGUAGACAGUUUGCAGAAGAUUUGCUCCUCUUUGGAACCUAUUCUUCGUCGAGUUGUUAGCGAAGAAGUGGAACGUGCUUUGGCAAAGAUAGGCCCUGCUAGGAUCGCUGGAAGUUCUAGGUCUUCUCCUAAACGAAUUGAAGGUCCGGGUGGACGGAACUUGCAGCUGCACUUCAGGUCGAGGUUGUCUCUCCCGUUAUUCACAGGAGGAAGAGUGGAAGGAGAGCAGGGUGCUGCAAUCCAUGUCAUAUUGAUUGAUGCAAACAGUGGGCAUGCCGUAACAUUUGGACCCGAAGCUUCAGCAAAGCUUGAUGUUGUUGUGCUUGAGGGCGACUUUAACAAUGAAGAUGAUGAAGAUUGGACCCAGGAGGAAUUUGAAAGUCAUAUUGUGAAAGAGCGUGAAGGGAAGAGACCAUUACUGGCUGGAGACUUGCAGGUUACUCUCAAGGAAGGGGUGGGGAGCUUGGGUGAGCUAAUUUUCACAGAUAACUCAAGUUGGAUAAGGAGUAGGAAAUUCAGGCUCGGUUUAAAGGCUGCCUCUGGUUACUGUGAGGGUAUACGCAUACGUGAGGCAAAGACAGAAGCUUUUACUGUCAAAGAUCACAGGGGCGAAUUGUACAAAAAGCAUUAUCCACCUGCUUUGCAUGAUGAAGUGUGGAGAUUGGAGAAGAUCGGUAAGGACGGGGCAUUUCAUAAGAAGCUAAAUGCUGCUGGAAUAAUCACUGUGGAAGACUUUCUGAGAUGCUUGGUCAGGGACUCUGGAAAUUUACGGAGCAUUCUUGGAAGUGGUAUGUCAAACAAGAUGUGGGAUGCUCUAGUAGAGCAUGCAAAGACGUGUGUCCUCAGUGGAAAGCUUUAUAUCUACUACGCUGAUGUUUCGAGGAAUGUUGGUGUUGUUUUCAACAACAUCUACGAGUUAAGUGGCCUCAUUUCUGGGGAUCAAUACUUUUCUGCCGAUUCCCUCUCCGACAGUCAAAAGGUAUAUGUUGAUGGACUGGUGAAGAAGGCAUAUGAAAAUUGGAACCAAGUCAUCGAGUAUGAUGGAAAAUCUCUUAUGAGCUUCAAGCAGCCUAAGAAAUCAGGAAUAUCACGAACAGAUCUCGCAAUGGCUCCUGCAAAUUACUCUACCACCAUUGACCACUCAAUGCAAUUCCACGAGCUUCCCGCUUCAGUGCCUGCUAACCAAGCUUCAGUUCAUUCAGAAUUAGCAAUAGGAGGGUUUAAUCAAAGUCUGGCUACUAGAUAUUCGACUCAGAACCAGCUUCUCAACUCCAAUCCGCGUACACAGUUUGAGUUUGCUUCGUCUGCACCACAGGACCAGUUCGUGGACAGUCUACAUCAAACACAAAGCAAUAUAAACGAUCAAAGUGCAGCAGCAGGGCUGGCUCUUGGGCCACCACACUCAUCAACCGGUGGUGGGUACCAAAACAUGAGCACAUCGAAUCAGACAGAAAAUCUUAAUCCAUUUGAAGAAUGGUCAAACCAUCGGGAGAGAGGGGGAGGAGAUGAUUUCUUCUCUGAGGAAGAGAUAAGGUCAAGAAGCCAUGAAAUGCUGGAGAAUGAGGACAUGCAACAGCUGCUACGGCUGUUCAGCAUGGGAGGGAAUACGCAUGUGGCAGAAGAUGGCGGGUUGUUCAGUUUUCCGUCUUUCAUGCAACAGACACCGAUGCAGAGCUUUGAGGAGGACAGAGGCCGUUCGGGCAAAGCUGUUGUCGGGUGGCUGAAAAUAAAAGCCGCAAUGAGAUGGGGUUUCUUCAUAAGGAGGAAAGCUGCUGAGAGGCGAGCUCAGAUUGUUGACCUCGAUGAAGAAGACGACAACGAAGAAUAAAAUAGUCAAGAGGAGGGUCGAGUGAAGAGAAACCCUCUUCUCGGGGGCUUGUAUAAAACUACGAGACGAGGCCCUUCCUUUGUACAGGAGCAGCAGCAGCAGCAGCGGUAGUAGUAGGUACAUAUCUCAGAUAACGUCUGUCAUCUCUGUAUGGUUCAUAUUCUUCCGUUCCCGCGUUCUAUCUAAAUAGGUUUUGUCCGUGUGAUGUUUAUUCAGUUGAGUUCAGUUGUGUAAUUGAAGCGGUGGCUCCUGUUAGGCGAAACAUACUCCUACUGAUCCGGCCGUCAUUAGGUUUCUGAUUCAAUCAGAGGCUUUAAUCAUUUUGAUUUGGCUACUUUGUGACAAGUCUGUCCCUGUUGAACGACAUAUUAAUCAUCAAUCUUGUCUA